AUGUGGGCAGGCAGCGCGUGCCUGGACUACUUCGCCGCCGAGUGCCUGGUGGCCAUCGCCGCGGGCGCCGUGGUGUACCGCCGCCCGCCGGACCCCGAGGGCGCGGGUGCCACCACUGCGGGUGCGGAUGAGGGAGCGGCGGGGCCCGAGCGCGCCGGACCGGGACCCCCGGGGUCCGCCGUGCCGCCCCCGUUCCCCUGGGCUCGCGCGCCCAGCCCCGGCGCGGCCGCCGCCUCCGCGCCCCACCUGCUGGCUGCCAGCGUCCUGGCCGGGUGGCGCGGCGCCUCCGAGGUGGGCUCCGGGGAGACCUCGGGGGCCGCCCUCCCGGCCCCUGCCGACGCCCGCGGCCUGCCCACCGCCGCCUGCCCGGCCCCGGCCACUAGUGCGGCCUCACUCUCCGGCCCCCCGCGUUCCUCAGCCGUGGGUUCUGGCCCAGAUUCCAGCUCCGACGUGUGUCCCGGGACGGCUGGGGCCCCGGGCGCCGGCCCUGCGCCAGCCGUGGGCCCCGGGCCCCGCCGGCGACCAGUCACACCUGCUGUCAAGCGCCACCGCUGCCCCUUCCCUGGCUGCACCAAAGCCUACUACAAGUCGUCGCACCUCAAGUCCCACCUGCGCACCCACACAGGUGAGCGCCCUUUCUGCUGCGACUGGCUCGACUGCGACAAGAAGUUUACGCGCUCCGACGAGCUGGCCCGCCACUACAGGACGCACACGGGCGAGAAGCGCUUCUCCUGCCCGCUCUGCCCCAAGCAGUUCUCUCGCAGCGACCACCUGACCAAACAUGCCCGCCGCCACCCAGCCUAUCAUCCUGACAUGAUUGAGUACCGGGGGCGCCGUCGUACACCCCGCGUCGUCGACCCUCAACCCGCAAGCCUAGAGGACAGCUCCGACCCCAGCCGCUCCCAGGUGUCCAGCUUCACUACCAGCCUGUAG